AUGAAACCGCCAACAUUCUUGGGUGGAAUUGAACCGUUGAAAGCGGAGACAUGGUUGCUUGAGAUGGAAAAACUAUUUGAAGUAUUUCCCUAUACCAAGACUCAUAUGGUUUUAUUGGCCACCUAUACUCUUAAAGACGAAGCUCGGAGAUGGUGGUUACUGAUUCGGAAUACCAAUGGAAACAUGACGUGGGCUCGAUUCAAUGAGAUCUUUUAUGAAAAGUAUUUCCUUCAAUGUUUUCGGGACCGAAAAGUGUCUGAAUUUCAAGAACUCAAGCAAAGCAGAAUGUCUGUAGCUGAGUACAAGACUAAGUUCACUGAAUUAACCAGAUUUGUUCCUCACAUGGUGGACACGGACUAUAAGAAAGCCCACAAAUUUGAAGGAGGAUUAGACUUAGACAUAUUUGAUCGAGUACGCAUAUUGAAGUUGCCAACAUACGUACAAGUCCUUGACAGAUCCUUAAUGGCGGAAGCUACCCUAGCCGCUAUGAGACAAAGUAAGGCCCCAACAACAACAACAACAACAACAAUAACAGAAUGGAGAGGAAAAAGGUCUGGGUAUAGUUUCAGAAAAGGCCAUUCUCAUGUAAGUAAAAAGCAGAACACGAGAUCUACAAGCAGCUCGAGUCAGAGUAGUGGGUCUAAUCCAGUUUGCCUUGAUUGCGAAAGGAGGCAUAGGGGUGUGUGUUACCGAGCAUCCGGUGCUUGUUUCCGAUGUGGUAAGAUUAAAAAUGGAAGUAAUGGAGAUGUGGCAGAUGAUUCUUACCAUAGAUACAAGGUAAGAUUAAAAAUGGAAGUAAUGGAGAUGUGGCAGAUGAUUCUUACCAUAAAUACAAGGUACACGGGUUGUACUCUUCAGGACUCUACCAGGUCUGUGUUUGGCCACGUUUCUAGGAGGGAGGCUAGUGAUUAUUGA